AUGGAGCCCGAAGGUGAACAGAGACCCCCCACUGGGACAGUGGGGAUCGAGAUCAAGUGGCUGAAGAACGGGCAGGAGCAGACGGCCGGGGUGGUAUCCACGGAGCUGCUCCAGAACGGAGACUGGACCUUCCAGAUCCUGGUGAUGCUGGAGAUGAGCCCCCAGCGCGGGGACGUCUACACCUGCCAGGUGAAGCACAUCAGCCUGCAGGACCCCAUCGCCGUGCACUGGGUGGCGCAGUCUGACUCCGCCAGGAGCAAGAUGUUGACGGGGGUCAGGGACUUCGUGCUGGGGCUGAUCUUCCCGGCGGCAGGACUCCUCACCUGCCCCAGGACUAAGAAAGGUGAGGGGCUGGUCACACAGGUCACUGCCAGCAUCCGCCACCCGCUCACCAAUACCCCGUCCGGGGAGGAAAACACUCUAGACAGAGUCCUGCCUAUGGGCACAUUUUGCUUCUGUGCAGGUUGUGUGAACCGGGUCUGA